UUCUUCCAAUAUAUAGCGUCUACGGGACGUAAAAUCCCGCGUCGCCUAGGCAUUCUUAUCGCGCUGCGGUGGCUUAAGCAUUUGGUUGAUGUCCGUGCUUCUGGUCGAUGGACUUGUUAAAUCCAGAAAGGCAUAGCCAUUUGGCAUAAGUUCAAACGCGAGAAUCCGCGAGAUACUCGUGUUACGGGCUUCUAGGCGCGAGGAAUGUCUAUCGGGCCGAUCGUCGGGCUUUUCUUGUGCUGCUCAGCAGCGUUGAUUUCGUUCGGCAGUGAAUGGAUCACGGCGUCAGUUUACCACGGAGAUCGCUCGACUUUAUCCACGAACGGGUCGUUGGCUGGAGGAAAACAUCGGCGAGUCGAACUCGUCUUCCAACCGCGCUUGUGGCAAUCCAUAGUCCGAUGCUCAACAUACACGGUCGGCACGUUGCUGCUGUUUUGUCCCAGGAAAUCGCUGAUAGUCAUCUACGGAACCGCGUCCAGUUUAUUCGCGGUCCUGGGUCUCAUCGUGAAGCACACUGAUCAAUGGUUCCCGCUUGGAACCUCUGUGUUCCUCGGGCUAACUUCAGCCAUGGGUGCUGUGGCGGUGCUCGGAGUCUUCGCCUUGCUCCCGGUGGAGUUCUCCACGCAUUCGUCGACGCAUGACUCGUUCCUCGGCUUCACGCUGUUUGCGCUGCAAGCUGGCGCAGACUGGCUCCUCUGGACAGUCGCACAUCUCAAGUCGGACGUCCUGUCGUCCGCGUCGCCGACGAUCCCGUCGCCGUAUGCGCCGGAAAUGGCGACGACGAGUGACGUGACUUUCUUGCCGUGCUGUGCUAACGUGCCGGUGGCAGCUGUGGCCGGGUUCUUUUGGAUAAUGGACUGGAAGCAGCAGUCGGCGGCGUAUCGCGACAGCAAGGCCUGGAGAGCAGACGCGGGUUGCGCCCGUGCUGCGUGUCAUCGCAGGAACCUGCCGCUGUUGUGCGUGGUAGCCACGAUGUUCGCGUGCUCCUUGUUGCGCCACGCCGGGUUCUCGGCGCUGUUGGCGAACAUCGAGGAAGACCUAGCGACGAAAUCCACCGGGAGGGAUUACAGGCUGGCAUUUUGCCUCAGUUUCCUGCCGGACUUGCUGGGUACGCUCCUGGCUGUCGGGUUGCACGCGGGGAAGUCUCCGUUGGCGAGAUACGUGGCGCCCUUCGGCGCCUUUUUCUUCUCCCUCGCUGUCGCUGGGCUUUUCCUGUUCAUGAAGUUCCACCGCGGCACCGAUUUUUGGUUCUUCGUCGUCAUGGACAUGUGGAUCAGGUUCUUUCACCAGAUGUUCAUAGCAUCUGGGUUCCUGUCCGUUCGUCGGCUGCGGUUCCGACAAUCGCUGGGUGCCCAAUUCGUGGCUCUCUCAGGGCUGCUGACCGUGAUGGAACUCGGGCGGUUGACUUCGGAGAUCAUUCGAGUUUGGAUCCCGGAUUCCCUGGAGGAGACUGAGUAUCGCCUCAUCAUGGGUGCGGCUGUGGCUUGCAUGCUGUCGUUGACGUUGCUCAGCUUUGGCAAAAACUACGGAGACUAUUUCCGGCUCCGCGGAGCCCACGUGAACGCCACGGACGACAUAGUGUUCUUCCACAGUGGCAACCGGAGCGCCCCGCUAGCAAUGACGACUCCCAAGUCCUUCGUUUUCGAGUCGCAGAACUCUAUCAACGACGCAGUCCCAGACUCCAUUUGGGGAACCGAGCUAGCUCUUCAUCAGCCGUCUCGACGACAGUCGGACCCUGGGUUAAUUUGCUGA